AUGGAUAUGGAUUAUGAAUUGCCCAUCUGCAGUGAUACCUGCAACAAAUGGUUUGAGGCCUGCAAGAAUGACAAGACUUCCUCUGAGGAUUGGCUGAAUGAAUACGCUGUGUAUCGCUUUGAGAAGGGUCCAAUAAAACCUACCGGACCUUGCCGUACUUUUGUCGAGAUUUUUAAGAAUGGAGAAGGAUUGUGUAACAAGAUGUGGGGACCAGGUUACAAGUACGACCGUUCUUCCAAUUGUAUAGUGCAUGAUUUCAAAAGCGAAAACCCGAACGACAAAGUUGUGCCAGUUCCUUCUUUUUCUUAGACGUUGCUUAAGGGUCAAGAAGUUACGUGGGAGCACCUAAGUUGAAAAAUAUGUAAACAGCAUUUAGCUGUACUGCUCAAAGUAUAUCAGAGUACGUCAGAAAAUCGUUCAAUCCAAAAUAAAUGUUUUACUGAAACUGAGAUUAAAGUAAUAAAUAAC